AUGAAGGAGAAGCGGUCUUUGCGGCCGGAUGGGUCGCCGGACGCGAAACCUGCCCGUGAGGCUAAACGGCUAAAGCAAAGCAAGGAUUCAAAUAUCUCUCCUGCGAUUGUUUCGCGAAAUAGGGAUAAAAAGCUUUCAGGACAGGGUCAAGCCCCCUCCCCGAACAAGACUCCCUCGAAGAAGUCAAAGCCAGAGCCUACACCAACAUUGGAGGUGCUUUCAGUUAUACCUACCAACGCCAAAGAGCAAGAGCUAGGACAAUUGAAGCGGUCUGAUCAUUGGAAUCUAUCAUACCGCAGUGGGGGACGCUUCUUGAAUCUGGAUCCCGUCUUCUCAAUAGACGAAAAAUAUAUCAUCCUCGCCCAGGAAAAUGCCGUGCAAAUCUAUUCCAUGUCGACGUCUACGAUUGUCCGGAUCCUGCAUAACCCGGACGAAUUCCGCCGCAUCGCAGGAUACAAACUCUCUCCCUCUAACCCAGCCCAUCUUUUCGUUGCAACACACUCUGGCCAUGUAUCGGAAUGGAAUUGGACGACUGGUGACCUGAUACAAUCACAGAAAUCCUCGGAAAAGGUCAUCGCCAUCGAUGUUAUCGGGGACGUGUCCGGCGAUUCCCCAGCUGAUGCCUCGCCCAUCCUCUACAGCAUUUGCAAAACCAAAAACAAAAAGUACAGUGUAUGUAAGUGGAGAAAUACUGCCGGCACCAAAGCGCAAUCGUGGAAACAAUCUGUGAUAUACCAAACGUCCACUCGUAUCGGCAAUGUUCGCGUCGCCGCCAACGGCCGACUUAUCAUCGCAACUGCCGGUCCGUACGUCGUAAUCGGCCAAGCUAGUAUGCCGGCGUCACAAAAUCAAAAGAAUUUUGAAUAUACCUGGCGAAAAGUCCGGCUGCCGAUAGUCGUCUCAUGUUUUGAUAUUCGGGAGCCGGCUCAGCCCGAUAAACCUACAGGACCCCAAAAGGGGCGUUCACCCCCCAUCGCAAUAGACCUCGUAGUUGGAAGCUCCGAUGGUGCGAUAUUGAUAUAUCAUGAUUUUGCCAAUACGUUGUUGCGGUAUGAGGGCCAAGGCGAACUGGAUGCUGGAUUGGUCGCCCGAAAACUACACUGGCACAGAGAUCGGGUGAACACAGUAAAGUGGUCGAAAGAUGGCAAUUAUCUCAUAUCUGGAGGUUUGGAAACGGUACUGGUGCUUUGGCAACUCGAUACUGGGCGAAAGCAGUUCCUACCACACCUUACCUCUCCAAUCUGCACGGUGGUGGUGUCUCCGUCUGGGACCAGCUAUGCUGUUAAACUCGCGGAUAACUCUAUUAUGGUGUUGUCAACAUCAGAACUAAGGCCAACAACAAGCAUGAGCAGCUUGCAGCUACCCUCAAACGACGAUAUGAAGAACCCAGAAACCAAGGGAUCGAGCAGCAAAACGAUUGAAAGCAUCCGUGAGCGGCCUAUUGGUGUUCUUCCUGCAGUUUUGCACCCUGUACUGUCGGAUUAUCUACUCCUGGCGGUCCCCUCAUCUCAGACGGCUCCUUCGACAGCCAAAUCCCCAACCGCUUCGUUUCUACAGACUUUUGAUACGCGGUCAAACCAACAUAUUUCCCGUCAAGCCCUUGCGCGAACUAACGUAUCAGUACUACACACGGGCCCUGAUGGCACCGAGUUGACUACGCCAGAUGUCAAAUUUGUUGAAAUAUCAUCCGAUGGAGACUGGCUGGUCACGGUUGAUGAAUGGGAACAGUAUCCAGGAUCUCUGAAUAUUUUAUCGCCUCUUGAUGAGCCUGAUGCAAGGCAACGAAAAAGAGAAAUAUUUUUGAAAUUCUGGCACUGGCAUGAAACCAAUCGCGAAUGGGAAUUGGUCACUCGAGUGGACGGACCGCACUUUUCGCCAUCGAGUGGUUCGAUGCCUAUCCGUGGUUUGGUUGCCAACCCACAGGAUUUGAGCUUUGCAACUGUUGGUGAUGACGGGGUGGUUCGGCUGUGGAAACCCGAAUAUAGGUCUGCCCAUUCACGUACGCAAGGCGAACACCGUCUGGUCAAGUCAUGGCGAUGUUCUCAAAAUAUCCCAUUAGCUGGGUCCCUGUCCGCAGCCACUUCUUCGGGUCCGAUGCAUUCAUGUUUGGGCUUCUCGGAGGAUGGCUCGGCUCUCGCUGUAUGCUGGGCUGGACCAUCCAAUUCCGGACCCAGCCUUGUAUAUAUCAUUGAUCCCCACAGAGGCCGAGUUGCACAUAUCCGUGAGGGACUGUAUUCUGGAAUCCCCCGAGGAUGCGGUUUCCUGGACCGAUAUUUGGUGGUUCUGUCCGAUCACCUCGUCUCACUGGAUACAGUCACCGAUCAGAUUGUCUUUGCGCUUAUGCUAGUCGAUAGGGACGAUACCCAACGUUUCGACAAAUACACCCCUUUGCUCUCCUUAAACCACCGGAACCAAACCUUUGCCAUAACAUAUCCCACAUCGCAGCCUGAAUCAUCGAAAUCCGGCCAUAAGCUACGUUUCCAAGUGGCAGUGUUGGAGCCGACGACGCCUAAUCCACUGUUUGCAACAAGAGUCAGAAACGCCCCACGAGCACUUCUGUCAAGCGUCAAGUCUGGGGACUACACCGUUGUUGACUCAACAGCCCGCAUACUGCAGCUCUCGUCGAGUAACCAAAUGGCUCGUGUGCCGAUUGAAACCAGUGCCAUUGACCUACCCCUUGGAACUGGUUUGGAAAAUAUCUUUGGCUCUCGCCGGCUGUUGGCCGAGGCGAGCCAGUCUAAGCUGGACGGCAACCGUACUGAGGUUCAACAUGGGCAGACAAGGAAUUUGGCCGAUAUAUUUGAUAUUGGGCCUUCAUUUGCGCUACCUGACGUCGAUGUCCUUCUCAAGGAUGUGGUGGAGAUGUAUAGUACGAAAAGUGUAGAAGCCUAG